GUGUGACACAUAAACUCUCGGAGAAUCGGUUGAUAAAUUUAUUUAUUACAUGAUUACGGCGGCCCCCCAACGCGAAAUGCCCGAACGGGCCCCGGGCCGGACAAUCUCGGGACAACCGUCCUAUGAUUCCACACCUGGAGCAGACCACCCGACCCUGCGGCGCCGGGCAGGCCCUUCUCCAGUGGUCCGCACAGCCACACAUGUGCCCCGCUAAGGCCGGAAUGCGCACCCCCAUUACCCUGGCAACGGGCAUCUCGUUGGGCGGUGUUCGGCGGCGGUCGUUUGCUCCGUCCUCUGCACGGGUCUAUGAUCCACGGACACGACGACGGGUGGGCCUGCCUGGGUCCCCACUGACCGUACUCUCCUCGGCGCCGGUUGGGGCUGCACCUCUCCCGGAGUCCGCACGUCCGGUGGUGAGUGGACCCCCUCCACCCAAUCCAAAAUUUCCAAUUCGGAGUCGGACAUUCUACAAAUGGAUUGUGCAGAAAAUGAUGAGGAACCAUAUACACUACAAGAUGAUUUUUUGCACGGCAUUAGAUCGCAUCCCUCCCUGUAGUUUUAUAACUCAACCAACUAUACAGUUUCUGCAUAAUGUUUGUCCUCAUCCAAAGGGCAACACAUGCGGCUUAGAACUAUACUUGCCAACAGAACAGUACAAGUAGAUUAUAAUCUGUUUAAAUACCAUGUCACAUGAAAUUAAGAAUGGUAUGGUAUUUGGUUAAGCUUAAAAUGAUUUAG